AUGGUCUUUGCGGGUUUUUUUCUGUUGCUGCGACCGCAUUGCUACAAAGUUUACAGUCGCCACGCAUCAAUGUUACCAGUAGAGUUUUGAUUUUAUUGCAUUGUAGCAGCGCCCAGGCUGUUGUUGGUACCUUUUUAGUUCGUCGGUGUGUGUUCUGGGCACGAUAAAGAGUCAAUAAAACGCAUGGAAAUACAGAGUUGAGCCUCCCAUCUGCUGUCGCUCUUGUGGUAGACUGGUCGGUGCAAAGGUGGAUGUUGAGUGUUGCUCCCACGUUACAUGUGCUCUUUGUUGUUUUAGUUUACAUACAGUGUUGCGUUGCAGAACUACAGUGAGAUUUACUGUUUUUCUUACUUUAAAAUGCGUCUGCAUGGUAGAAGUCUAAACCACCAAGUGCUCAUAUUUUAGUGUGGAAACUUCUCGUAACAACGGACUUUUUUUUCUUUUUUUUUUCUUUUUUUGGACAAUUUAGGCGAAACGUGACCAAAUACCACAUUGUUUCCAAAGCAACAUGCCUAUUAGGCGUUUUGGGGGUCACAGGUCUCUGGUCUCUCACUCUCAAACUCCAAAGUUGUCUUAUGGUUACCCGAAAAUGAACAUUUCAAGAAGUGGAUACCGUGUGUUUUCUGCCAACUCCACCACCGCCUGUACCGAGCUGGCCAAGAAGAUCACAGAACGCCUCGGUGUGGAGUUGGGAAAGUCGGUGGUUUAUCAAGAGUCAAAUACAGAGACUAGAGUGGAUGUGAAAGAGUCUGUCCGUGGACAAGACAUCUUUAUCAUUCAGACCAUUCCCAGAGAUGUCAACACGGCUAUCAUGGAGCUGCUGGUUAUGGCUUAUGCCCUGAAGACGUCCUGUGCCAAGAACAUCAUUGGGGUCAUUCCCUACUUUCCUUACAGCAAGCAGUGCAAGAUGAGGAAGAGAGGAUCCAUUGUCUGCAAGCUGCUAGCAUCCAUGUUAGCUAAAGCCGGGCUAACUCACAUCAUCACCAUGGACCUCCACCAGAAGGAAAUCCAGGGCUUCUUCAGCUUCCCUGUUGACAACCUGAGAGCUUCCCCGUUCCUCAUCCAGUACAUUCAGGAGGAGAUCCCAGACUACAGAAAUGCCAUAAUUGUUGCAAAGUCCCCGUCGGCUGCCAAAAGAGCUCAGUCCUACGCUGAGAGGCUGCGGCUGGGAUUGGCGGUGAUGCACGGGGAAGCUCAUCAUUCAGAGUCAGACAUGGCUGAUGGUCGACACUCUCCCCCCUUGUCCCGCACCACCACGGGACACACCGGCUUGGAGCUGCCAUCAGGCAGCAGACAUCAGGUCCCAUUCCCUGGGAUAGAGCUCCCAAUGAUGAUGGCGAAGGAGAAGCCACCUAUCACUGUUGUCGGAGAUGUAGGAGGCAGAAUCGCCAUCAUUAUCGAUGACAUCAUAGAUGAUGUGGAGGACUUUGUUGCAGCAGCAGAAAUCCUGAAGGAGAGGGGAGCCUACAAGAUCUACAUCAUGGCUACACAUGGCCUGCUGUCUGCCGAGGCACCGAGACUAAUAGAGGAGUCUGCUAUCGAUGAGGUGGUGGUGACCAACACUGUUCCCCACGAGGUGCAAAAGCUGCAGUGUCCAAAAAUCAAAACUGUGGAUGUGAGUAUGAUCCUGGCUGAGGCCAUCCGGCGCAUCCACAACGGAGAGUCCAUGGCCUAUCUGUUCCGCAACAUCGCCGUGGAUGACUGAGGCAACGCGCAUAUAUACGUUCCUGUACAAACCAAUCACACGUGACCAAGCACACAUGAGGACCAAGAAUCAACAGUUUACUUCAAUCUGCUCUUUAACUCUAACUUUAAAUUUUCUGAGACACACGUUCACAGAAAUUUGCUCUAUUUACUGUAUGUUCCAUAUGAAGCAGCGUUAUAUUUCCUUAUGUGUUACAUAGUUGGACUGUACAAACAAUACAGAAUGUGUCACUUCAGUAAUACAUGUCCCCUACCAUCUGGAGACAUUAAUAGCACAACAUAAUGUAUCGUGUGCGGCUUCUCAGUAUUUUUGCUGAAUUUGGCAAAUAAAGCUAUUCUUCUUGAGUGAG